AUGUCAAUCGGCGUGCCCAUCAAAGUCCUGCAUGAGGCCGAGGGCCACAUUGUGACCUGUGAGACCAACACUGGAGAGGUGUAUAGGGGCAAACUUAUUGAGGCUGAGGACAACAUGAACUGCCAGAUGUCUAACAUCACAGUGACCUAUCGUGAUGGGCGGGUGGCCCAGCUGGAGCAGGUGUACAUCCGCGGCAGCAAGAUUCGCUUCUUGAUUUUACCCGACAUGCUAAAGAAUGCGCCAAUGCUGAAGAGUAUGAAGAAUAAGAACCAGGGCUCUGGUGCUGGGAGAGGAAAGGCUGCCAUUCUCAAAGCGCAAGUGGCUGCAAGAGGCAGAGGGCGUGGUGGAAUGGGAAGAGGAAAUAUGUUCCAAAAGAGACGAUAA